AUGAUGGACAGCCACUCUAGUGAGGAAUUCCACCUUCUAGGCUUCCCUGGGUCCCAAGGACUACACCACAUUCUUUUUGCUAUGUUCUUUUUCUUCUGUUUAGUGACAUUAAUGGGAAACAUGGUCAUCAUCGUGAUUAUCUGUGUGGAGAAAUGUCUGUAGUCCCCCAUAUAUUUCUUCCUCGGCCACCUCUCUGCCCUGGAGAUUCUGGUCACAACCAUAAUCAUCCCCAUGAUGCUUUGGGGAUUGCUGCUCCUGAGAUGCAGACAGUAUCUUUGUCUACAUGUAUUGCUCAACUUUUCCUCUACCUUGGUAGGGACCACAGAGUUUGCAUUACUUGGAGAGGUGGCUGUGGACCAUUACGUGGCUGUGUGUAAUCCUUUAAGAUACAACAUCAUUAUGAGCAGCAGUACCUGUAUUUGGGUGGUAAUAGUGUCAUGAGUAUUUGGAUUUCUUUCUGAAAUCUGGCUGGUCUAUGCCACAUUUCAGUUUACCUUCUGCAAAUCAAAUUCGUUAGACCAUUUUUACUGUGACCGAGGGCAAUUGCUCAAACUGUCCUGUGACAACACUCUUUUCACAGAGUUUAUCUCUUUCUUAAUGGCUAUUUUUAAUCUCAUUGGUUCGUCAAUCUCUACAAUUGUCUCCUAUACCUACAUCAUCUCCACCAUCCUCAAGAUCCCGUCAGCCUCUGGCUGGAGGAAAGCCUUCUCCACUUGUGCCUCCCUCUUCACCUGUGUUAUAAUCGGCUACAGCAGCUGCUUGUUUCUCUAUGUGAAACCCAAGCAAACACAGGGAGUCGAGUACAAUAAGGUAUUUCCCCUGUUGGUUUCUGUGUUAACCCCCUUCCUGAACCCUUUCCUCUUUACUCUUUGGAAUGACAAAGUCAAAGAGGCCCUCCAAGAUGGAGUGGAAUGCUGCUGUUAACUCCUCAAAGAUUAG